UGGCGAGUUCAAAGAGUGUCGUAACUCUUUUUAUGGCGCUGGUGUUACCUAAGUAAAAAUACGAUUAGAAUGACGAUAAAAUAUUACAAAAUAUCGUAAGGAGACAACAUCCAAUCGGAUCUCAUUUUAUUCGUGUGAGAAGGCGGAACUAGUUGGAACAACUGUCUAAUGGGAACCAGCCAGCUUCCUGUUAGCUGCUAUUUUUUAACAAGAUGGCUGCCGUUCCUGAGAGCAGAGUCCUUACUUUCAGCGUUUUUAAAUGGAGCUCAUAUUCCUCCACAUAUUUACCUGAGAAUAUCUUGGUGGAUAAACCUAACGAUCAAUCCUCCAGGUGGUCUUCUGAGAGCAACUAUCCCCCACAGUUCUUAAUCUUAAAGUUGGAAAGGCCGGCGAUUGUUCAGAGUAUCACCUUUGGCAAGUAUGAGAAGACCCAUGUCUGCAACCUCAAGAAGUUCAAAGUGUUUGGUGGGAUGAGUGAGGAGAACAUGACAGAACUUUUAUCCAGUGGCCUUAAGAAUGACUACAACAAGGAGACCUUCACGUUAAAGCAUAAGAUCGACGAGCAGAUGUUUCCCUGCAGAUUUGUGAAAAUAGUGCCUCUAAUGUCUUGGGGGCCCAGUUUUAACUUCAGCAUCUGGUACGUUGAGCUGCACGGCAUAGAAGACCCUGAUGUGGUGCAGCCCUGCCUUAACUGGUACAGCAAAUACAGAGAGCAGGAAGCCAUCCGGCUUUGCCUCAAGCACUUCCGGCAACAUAACUACACUGAAGCCUUCGAGUCCCUGCAGAAGAAAACUCGCAUAGCUCUGGAGCACCCCAUGCUCACCCACCUCCAUGACUGCCUGGUGCUGCAGGGAGACUUUGAUGCCUGUGAGGAGCUCAUAGAUAAAGCUGUGAGAGAUGGUUUGUUUAACCAGUAUAUCAGCCAGCAGGAGUACAAGCCCAGGUGGAGUCAGAUCAUUCCGAAAUGCAACAAAGGUCCAAGCAGCCAAGAAAUCAGCCGCGACGACAUGAACAGUGAGAGCAUCUAUUCAAGUGAUGGCGACGACAACAGGCCAGGGAUGAGGGGAGGACAUCAGAUGGUCAUUGACGUCCAAACUGAGACGGUGUACCUGUUCGGGGGCUGGGAUGGCACGCAGGAUCUGGCAGACUUCUGGGCUUACAGCGUUCAGGAGAAUCAGUGGGCGUGCAUCUCCAGAGACACGGAAAAAGAGAAUGGUCCAAGUGCCCGCUCAUGCCACAAGAUGUGCAUCGACUCGCAGCGACGACAAAUCUACACGCUCGGCCGUUACCUAGACUCCAGCGUCAGGAACAGCAAGUCUUUGAAGAGCGACUUCUACCGUUACGACAUCAACGCCAACACCUGGACGCUACUCAGCGAGGACACGUCAGCUGACGGAGGGCCAAAGUUGGUGUUUGACCACCAGAUGUGCAUGGACUCAGAGAAACACAUGAUCUACACAUUUGGCGGUCGCAUUCUGACGUGCAACGGCAGUGUGGAGGACAGCCGGACGUCGGAGCCGCAGUUUAGUGGUCUGUACGCGUAUCACUGCCAAGCCGGGACAUGGAGCCUCCUACGGGAGGACUCUUGUAACGCCGGGCCCGAGGACGUUCAGUCCCGGAUCGGACACUGCAUGCUCUUCCACGCCAGAAAUCGCUGUCUGUAUGUGUUUGGGGGUCAGAGGUCGAAGACGUACCUGAAUGAUUUCUUCAGUUAUGAUGUGGACGGAGAUCAUGUAGAGAUCAUAUCUGAUGGUACCAAGAAGGAUUCUGGGAUGGUUCCAAUGACAGGUUUCACCCAGAGAGCCACCAUCGACCCAGAGCUCAACGAGAUCCACGUCCUGUCGGGGCUAAGCAAAGACAAGGACAAACGGGAGGAGAAUGUGCGCAACUCAUUCUGGAUCUACGACAUAGCCCGCAACAACUGGUCAUGUGUGUAUAAGAACGAUCAAGCUGUAAAAGAAAAUCCGAGUAAAACGCUGCAGGAGGAGGAACCAUGUCCACGCUUUGCACACCAGCUGGUCUACGAUGAGGUGCACAAGGUGCACUACCUGUUUGGUGGAAACCCAGGGAAGUCGUGUUCUCCUAAGAUGCGCCUGGAUGACUUCUGGUCCCUUAAACUGUGUCGGCCCUCCAAGGAGUACCUGCUGCGCCACUGCAGAUACCUCAUCAGGAAAUAUAGGUUUGAGGAGAAAGCCCAAUCAGAGCCACUUAAUGCUCUGAAGUACCUGCAGAACGACCUGUCACUCACUGUGGACCACACAGACCCUGAUGAGACCAAAGAGUUCCAGCUCUUGCCAACUGCGCUCUUCAAGUCCAGUUCUGAUUUCAUCCCUCUAGGUUUCUCUGACGUAGACCAGACGUAUGCUCAGCGAACGCAGCUCUUUGACACGCUCGUCAACUUCUUCCCUGACAGCAUGACACCACCCAAGGGCAACCUAGUGGACCUGAUCACCCUCUAGCCCCCUCCUCCUCCGACAGCUCACCACGUGGCUGGCUGAACACCCACCUGUGCACACACUAAGUGGAAACAAAGCAGACUUGCCAACUGAAUCCACUUUGUCCACCUUCACUAAAUUGACCUGUCUCUGCUAUAAGCUUUGUCACCAUGGUGAGUGGGUAUUAAAACACAGCGUCACUGUGCUAGAUAGAGAUGAGUGACAUUUCCUACAAGCGUUUGGUGCUUUUGUUGGUGUUUGUCUUGAGGUUUAGGCAGAGUGUUCCAAGCCCUGCUCUAAAAGUUUUAAAUUUCCCCCCAAAAACCUCAGAUUCUAGCACUUUUGCUCUGUUUUCGGGAGGGACUUUUACACACACAGCCACAAGCAUUCAGUGAAUAAUGUUGAGAGCCAGUCGAAAUAAUUUAAACAUGGCCUAGUUUCCCCAACUCAUCUGUUCUUUAAGUUCCAGCUUCUCAGAUGCUUUCCUUUUUGAUGAACUGCUCCGCUUUCUUUGCAACUCAUGGGCCUUUUUACAGAUGACCGCCACGCAGAUGCAACUAAAACGUAGUUUACAAUUUUACUAGUUUUAGUGAGUGCUAUGAGACAAAGUUUUAUCUAUAUGUACAUCAGAACACGCAUCUAAAACUGCUUUUAGGCCUUGUCCGUGUAGGUCUGACUAAUGCAAGACACGUUUAAAUACCUUCUUUAAUUGUCAGGCUGUAAAUUGAUUCUAAUUGCUAAAAUUAUAUACAAAAUAUGUAAAUAUACAUAGAGAAUAUUUCCCUGGACUGAAUGCAUAUUCUGCUGGAAUGUUUCCCACGUUACCCAAAUCUCCUGUGUCGACACAUCAACACUUAUUAGUUCCUGAUUCACAUGUUCAGUGCGAGGGGAAAAUCUGGGAUUGGGUUUUAAGAAGCUUGUUUAGGUCCCUUAUGGGACUAGAGACUACCCACAAUGAGAUCUUUGUAUUUACUAGAAAUGAUCAAUCAGCCCAUAUCCUCUCCUGUUUGGUUGUGAUCGAUUUAUCUGCAGGGUUUUUUUUUUUUUUUCCUCUUCAUAAAAUGCAUCAAAACUAAGAAAAUCCACCAUUUUCAGUCCAUAAAACAUCCAACUAUCAGAAUGUUCUGUGGUUAACAAAAGAUUAGAUAAAUGUUAGGGUCGUAAAUACAAUAACCUUGUGAUCUUCUGGAUUCAGAACUGCUAAUUCUAUCAGGAAACCUGCAACACAUUUCUUAAAAAUCCAAAUCAGCAGGUCAGACCUCAAGGAAUACAGUAAACCGUCAUUUAGGAGGAAAUGUUUGUAGAAAAAAAAUGGUUGGUCAUACCAGUAAUGUACAGUCCUCCACUUCAUCUUUGUAAAUCCCCAUAAAAAUACAUUUUAACAUAGAAAUAACACAAAGCAGUGAAGAAUGUAUGUUUUGUAGAACCAUUACCUAAUUUCACUCCAUAUUGGUUAGUUUAUACAUUUUCUAGGAAACUAAAUACAACAUGGGAAAGAUGUGGGUUGCAGUUUACUACAACUGAAGUAGAAAUUCAAAUCGAAGAAUGAAUUUGUUUAAAUUUGGGUGUAAAAUCAAUGAUAGUCCAGCUUUGUUUUCUGUUAGCGUGCCAGUAUUGAUGCUAAAUCCACUGAACUGCUGACGUGGAUGUUCACAAUGUUCUCUGUUUAACUACAUGUGUCAUUUAUGUGGCGUUAACACUAGUUCUGCCAACUUCGGUUGUAUUCUCAGACUAAAUCUAUGACUCUAUAAUCAACUACAGAACCUAUUGCAGUGGAAAUAAAUGUAAUCAGCAACAGCUGAAACUGCAGUUUACAGCCGGUAAAAUGUACAGUUAAACAUUGGGAUUGGAGAGGAGCAACAGAACAAUGAAUUUAUACUAAGCUGGAGUGACUGGGAUGCAGAAAAAAAACUUGAUGUAUUUAACCUGCUUCUAAUGUUACACUGACUCCUACUCAUCAGUCCUGCUCUCUUUGGGGUUUUUCUGCCCUCACUAAACUGGUACCAGUGUUAAAAUGGUGCUAUUGGUAUCUCAUUAUUCGUUCUUUGUUUGCUCUGUUUAAAAUAAUUAAGUUGCUGCUCCAAUUUCCACACCAACUUAUAACCAGAUGAAAGCACUGCAUUUCUCAGGACCUGGAGGCAAACUCAUGGAGACCCGCAGCAAAUGAACUUGUUUAGUGCGGUGUUCAAAACGUCACUUUUAGUCGAACUAAUUUAAUACAAGAAAACGUCUCUCGCUCUCCUGCUUUUGAUGUUGCUUAUUACGUAGUAAAUGUAACUUGAUGUGCCUCACAGAACUGAAACCCUAGUUGCUGUUUUAUGCUGACUUUAUAAACAUGAGGUUUUUUUGACUCACCAGCUGGAGUUUAUAAAUCCUGCUCGAGGAGCUGAGUAUAAGUCAUUUCUCAUAACGGUGUUUAUAAAUAUGGAUUGGAGAUCAGAAAUGGUGAUUGGCAUUAUAAAUUGCAUUUAUAAACAUGGAGAUGUAAAGACAUAGUUGUUGCUGUGACAGAACCAGCUACGAAGCAGCUUUAGCACCACUCCCAGUUGAGCAGAGAUAAAGGAAAACAUGCAGGUUUGUUCCAAAUAAAAUGCUUUUGGAACAAAAGUUAAUUGGUGCACUACAGCUCAGUAUGGAGUGAUGCUAAUCUUUUUGUUUACUGAUUAUUUACAUUUUUUGGUCAUAAAAUAUGGAAUUUAAUUAAACCUAAUGUCACUUGCAUGUCCCAUCAGACAUCCAUUAGUGAUCCAAGUUUAGACAAUCUCUACUGGCCACAACCGUCUCCCAGAAAUGAGCUUCUUUAGAAAAGAUUACUCUACUUGAAAGAACUUCAGGAACAUCAACAACUGGCCUUAAGUGCAAAUGACAUGAAACGUUAGCUAUCUCAUCAGCUUAGUGACACGUAAAGACAAAUCCCUGAUUACUACUUCAGUGUUUCAGAAAGAUGGCGCCACAGCUUGCUUAAUAUAUGCAGUUGGAGAUGAGUGGGAGUCUUGGGUGGGAAACCUUUUAGGAUGCUGUGAAAUGGUAUUAGUAGUAUUUGAAGAAAAAUCCGCUGCGUUAACACAGCAGGGAAACGUGAAAAAGCAAACCAAGUGAAAUGACAGUGUUAUGACUGCAACCCUUUAGCACAGAGAGAAAAACCACUGCCCUGUCAAACAUCUAAAUGUGAAAGCUCCAAAUGUAGCAUGCAAAUAUUAGAGCAUUGUUCAUUAAAUCGAUGCUUGUUAUCCAAAAUGUUAUCCAGCUAUUCUCUUACCAAAGGACAUCAUUAGUAAAUGGUGUGAAAGCAUAGAUUAGCUCACUUUCUUUUCCACUUGUUUCUCUUGGAUUGAUUGAAAGUAGCUGCCUGACUGCGUAACAAACGCUCCUGCGGGAUUUAGCUAGCUGCUUUCUGGCAGUAGCAUCACCUCCUUCAUAUAACCGCUUUCAAGAAUCAUAUUAAUAUUUCAGACAUUUUAAACCUUAGCAGGGAAGAAAGAGAAGAAUGGUAAAUGUAUUCCUAUAGGAACGUGCUACCUGUGUAGAGGUGCAUGUAAUUCAUUUUUUUAAUUCAGUAAAACAAAAGAUACUAUUAUGAAUUAGAUUCGUUACGUCCUGACUGAUACAUUUUUAAGCGUUUAUGUUCAUUUUGCCUUACAUAUGGAUUCCAUGAGACGUAAUCAUUGAAAUAAAAAAUACCUAUUUCACUCUCAGUUUAAUGAAAUGAUAAGAUAUGUUUCCCUUUUUUCAUUGAAUUACUCAAAUAAAUUAACUUUAAAUUAAAUAAUUUUUUUAAGAUGCACCUAUAGUUGAUGGUGAUGAAGGAUGGUGGCAUAUGUGUGUUUUCACCUCAUUUUACUGUUAUACACAGUAAAUUAAAGAAUACUUUAAAGAAGUCAUAAGAAGGAUAAUUUAAGGUAUUCUAUAUUGUUUGAGAUUUCCCAUUUUUCUGGAGCUUUUUAAGCUCUUUUUUUUUACCAGCAGAAGGUUUUGUUUAAGAAAGCUUCAUUCUGAACACAUUAUAACAAACGAUGCCAAAUGCUUAUUUUCUUUUGGUAUAUGUUAGGGAAAAUGGUCCCACUACCUUUGCUGUGUCAUAACUUAUUACCAUUUAUCUUUAUUGGCCGCCUCCCAAACCCUGUGGGGGGUCUGAGGAGUUUCAAGGCUGGUACUCUUAGAUCCGUGAGCACCACUCUGUGUGCACACAGAAUGUGUAGAAAGCCUUGUAGUAUUGCAUUGUAUGUAAUGUAUAUAACAAAUAAAGAUUGUAUUUUGUUCAAGUUUU